AUCUGCACAGGCGCGCUUCAGUCUGUGUGUGCGUAUGUGUGUGUGUUUCUAUUUGAAUGAGUGACGUAAGAAGGAGAUGCAUAGGGGCUGUCGGCUGCAGAAGGAACCGAGAGCUCAGAUGUGUGAGAUGGCUACGUUGUGGAUGCUACUGGCGGCCGGGCUCUGUCUUAUUGUCAAUGUGUGUCCCACCGACGGACAAACUACCGGCAUACCGUGGACUAAACUCAAGUUGUACCAUAAAGCAAGACCUCUAAGUACAAGAGACCUACGACAUACUGUUACAUUGACAGACAUUUCCCGAAUGUGGCAGAAGGACCUGCAACCUAUCUUGGUACCAAGGUACCCAGGCUCCAUGGGCAGUCAUGCUGUGAGACAGCAUAUUUUAAAUUCUUUAAGUUCACUGGGUGCAGGGUGGACCACAGAAGAGGACAGAUUCCAGGAUUAUACACCAUAUGGGCUUACAACAUUUUCAAACAUAAUCAGCACUUUGAACCCAUCAGCCCGGCGGCGUCUUGUACUCGCCUGCCACUAUGACUCCAAGUACUUUCCUCCACAGUGGCAUGGCAGAGAAUUUGUAGGAGCCACAGAUUCAGCUGUGCCAUGUGCUAUGAUGUUGGAACUGGCACGUGCCCUUGAUAGUGAGCUUAAGACAUUGAAGAAAGACAUUCCAGAUCUUACUCUUCAGCUGAUAUUCUUUGAUGGUGAGGAAGCCCUUUACCAGUGGACUUCUGCAGACUCUUUAUAUGGUUCACGGCAUUUGGCUCAAAAAAUGGAAGCCACUCCUCACCCUGAGGAAGCAAGUGACACCAACCAGCUGCAUGGAAUUGAUCUCUUUGUGCUCUUGGAUUUGAUUGGUGGGUCCAGUCCACGAUUUGCAAGCCACUUUUUAAACACUGGAAGAUGGUUCAGUAGACUACAAAACAUUGAGAGGCGUCUGCACAGCAUAGGUGCUUUGAAGAAUCAUCCUUCAGCCAGUCAAUAUUUCUGGUCAAGUCUUCGUUCUGGAGUUAUUGAUGAUGAUCAUAUACCAUUUUUGGAUAGAGGUGUGCGGAUCCUACAUCUGAUACCAACUCCAUUCCCUGAUGUUUGGCACACUUUUAAUGACAAUGAACAGAAUCUGGACAGAGACACCAUUGAAAACCUGAAUAAGAUUUUGCAAGUGUUUGUGCUUGAAUACCUGAAGUCCUGAAGCUGAUUUUGGAGAGUACCCUGAUGUAUUUUCAAAUCUGCACUUUAAUUACAAUUAUUUUAUUGGAUUAAAUUGCAGAAGUUAACUGAAAUUUCACCUAAAUGUUUUUAUAUAUAUAAAUGCAGUAUACUGUAUAUACAUACAAACAUGCAUUUUUUCAGUUUCGAAAGUUUUAAUUCUUGCCUUAUUGAAAGUGUAACAUGUGUUGUUCUUCACUAUACUGUAUAUAUAUUUUUUUCACUUCCUGAUUCUAAAUUGAUUAUUUUUCUUUGGAUAAGCAAUCAUUAUAUAUUAAUAUUCAGAACUUUUUUAUGAUGAUUAAAAUAAUAAAGAAAAAUAAUAACAUAUUUGUAUUGGUUGACACUUGCUUACCAGUAAAAGAAGUAUCACAUUUAUUAUAGAACAGUACAUUAUUUGUGCAAAUUAUUAUUUUAUGAUAAUAUGUGUUUUGUUUAAAAAAUAUAUUAAGACAAGUGAUUUAAAUAUGUCCUGCUAUCCUCAGAAUAAAUCAUCUGUUUUAAAUUUAGGGUCAGAGUUACUGUCUUUAGUAACACUUGUUAAAAUGAAUAAGCUAAAAAUAAUAAUAAAUAGUGAUCUCCAGUUGAAACAUUGAUUUAUACAGGUUGCUGAGAUAGUCUAAUGUAAUAUUAAGGCUAAAGUACAAUAAAAUGAUGGAAUUGUAGAAUUUUUAUUAGAGAUUAAAAUAUUGGAGUAAAACUCAGAUGGUGGAAGAUCACUGCUGUUAAUGUUUCAGCAGAAAAGAAGAGACAGUGUGCCUAUGAGGUUAAUAUGUGUAUUGUACAAUUGUAGGUGAUAUACUGUGUUUAUCUUUGGAAACUAUUAAUGGAGGACAACUAAGAAUGAAAUCCUGUCAUGUAUAGACAGGGAUGGAGUA